CAAGCAGCAGCCCGCGUAGGCCUCGGCUCCGGCCAGCGGCUCCGCUUGCAACUCCUCCAGGCAUGAAUAGCUGAAAAAAGGGAAGGCGUCAGAAGGGAAGAAGAGGUAUUUUCCCUGCAGCGUCAGGGACUUCUGGCAUCGCUCACUAGGUCAAGACGCAUUUUGCCAUUAUGAAUGAAGUAGCAAUAGUGAAGGAAGGUUGGCUUCACAAAAGGGGAGAGUACAUUAAAACAUGGAGGCCAAGAUAUUUUCUGUUGAAGAAUGAUGGAACAUUCAUCGGUUACAAAGAGCGGCCUCAAGAUGUGGACCAGAGAGAAUCCCCCUUAAAUAACUUUUCAGUGGCUCAGUGCCAGUUGAUGAAGACAGAGAGACCUAAGCCAAACACAUUCAUCAUUCGAUGCCUCCAGUGGACCACAGUAAUUGAAAGGACGUUUCAUGUGGAGACUCCAGAGGAACGGGAAGAAUGGACAAAAGCCAUCCAAACAGUAGCAGACAGCCUUAAGAAACAAGAGGAAGAAAUCAUGGAUUUUAGAUCCGGUUCCCCCAGUGAUAAUUCGGGUGCUGAAGAAAUGGAAAUUUCCAUGACAAAACCAAAACACAAAGUAACUAUGAAUGAAUUUGAGUAUCUGAAGCUACUGGGAAAAGGUACUUUUGGAAAGGUCAUCCUGGUGAAAGAAAAAGCAACUGGACGGUAUUAUGCUAUGAAAAUCCUGAAGAAGGAAGUCAUUGUUGCGAAGGACGAAGUGGCUCAUACCUUGACAGAAAACCGGGUUUUGCAGAACUCCAGACAUCCUUUCUUAACGGCCUUGAAAUAUUCCUUUCAGACGCAUGACCGUUUGUGCUUUGUUAUGGAGUAUGCGAACGGAGGGGAGCUGUUCUUCCAUCUAUCAAGAGAGCGUGUCUUUUCUGAAGACCGUGCCCGAUUCUACGGCGCUGAGAUUGUAUCGGCGUUAGACUAUCUACAUUCAGAGAAGAACGUGGUUUACAGAGAUUUAAAGUUGGAAAACUUGAUGCUGGAUAAAGAUGGGCACAUAAAGAUAACAGACUUCGGGUUAUGCAAAGAGGGGAUCAAGGAUGGUGCAACAAUGAAGACUUUCUGCGGCACACCGGAAUAUCUUGCACCAGAGGUGCUGGAGGACAAUGACUACGGCCGUGCGGUGGACUGGUGGGGCUUAGGAGUCGUCAUGUAUGAAAUGAUGUGCGGCCGGCUCCCUUUCUACAACCAGGACCACGAGAAGCUCUUUGAACUCAUCCUCAUGGAAGAGAUUAGGUUUCCACGCACGUUGUCACCUGAAGCGAAGUCUCUUCUCUCAGGCUUGCUGAAGAAGGAUCCCAAGCAAAGGUUAGGCGGCGGACCCGAUGACGCCAAGGAGAUUAUGCAACACAAAUUUCUUGCUGGCAUUGUAUGGCAGGAUGUAUAUGAAAAAAAGCUGGUACCUCCGUUCAAGCCGCAGGUGACGUCUGAAACAGAUACGCGCUAUUUCGAUGAAGAAUUCACCGCGCAGAUGAUCACAAUCACACCCCCUGACCAAGAUGACAGCAUGGAUUGUGUCGAUAACGAGCGACGACCACAUUUUCCUCAAUUCUCUUAUUCCGCCAGUGGAACGGCUUAAUGUUUCGCUUGUCCAUUUACAGCAACCAAUCAGACUGCAUUUUGGGGACCUUUAAUUUCGACGGACACUAGAGAACUCUCUAUGAUACAUGAAUUACAAACUAUGUUUGUACUACGGUUUAGUUGAAUUUGUAGGAGGCCUCACAGGCUGUGUAUUUAAAACAAUCCUGAUGCAUUUUUGAGUCGGAAUCUCUGGUGCAAUUUUGAGAAGGAAGACAAGAAUCCAUUCUUAAACCUUAUUAAAAUUUAAAAGCUUUUUCUUCUGAAAAAAAAAAAAAGGCAUUUUAGGUUUUUAAGAAUAUGCACCAAACUGUUUUCUUUCCAGAAGUUUAAGGUUUUCAACAUAGCCAGCACCAUUGACCAUUAAAAAAAACAAAAGCUCUUCGUCAUUUUUUAUUUAUUCCAUACAGUUCAUUAUGUAAGUAGAGAACCUGCACUCUGAACAAUUAGAUUUAUUUACGAUGAGAGACACUUUAGUGCAAUAAUCCGAGCAACAGCAAACAAAAAACUGAACGAACUCUGGAGAUGCAAAGGUUCGACCUCCAUUUGGGCAGCAGCAAUAACGUUGGGGACUCUAAGAAACCAGUUAUGGGAAUGGCAUUAAUGGCUUCAGUGAGGUAAAAAAAAAAAUAAAAGAGGGAGACUUACAUUACUACAUCUGCUACAAGAUAGUACCUAUCGAAAGGAGCUGAAUGGAAUCUGGUUGGUUUCGAAAUUAUUACACUGAGAAGUAACUCCACUGAAGACAGUCCAUUUAAUUAUUCCAUUUGAGUAUAUAUUUGGCUUGGGUUGGCUUUGCCAAGUUCUGGCAGGCAUCCAUGGCCAAUUUCUCUUGUAUAAGCCCCGUUGAAACAAAUGGAACUUAAGUACGAUCACUGCUCUGCCGAAGAGUUCUCACUUAUUCCUGCCCCAGAGAGUUUCCUGGUCGCCGUGCCUUUGAGAAACGAACCAGCCAUGUUAGCAGCUGCAGCUGAAAAUGUCUUAUAGCAAUCUUCCCCAACCGGCUGCAUUCCAGAUGUGUUAGACCGUACCUCCCAUCCCUGCUGGGAAUUCUGGGACUUGCAGUCCAACACAUCUGGAAGGCACUGGCUUGGGAAAGGUUGCUUUAUCGUUUCAAAAACUGACCAGCGGGUAGGGACGCAUUUCUAUGUAUUAAGAAACAAAAAACGCACAACACCCUUGAAGCGAUGAAAUGUCUUACCAAACUAGUUGUUAACAGCCACAUUUUCAGCACUGAAGCGGUUGGCCUUGUUUAUUAUUUACAGAGACAGUUUUAAAAUGGCAUCAAGCCAUGCAUGUUGAGAUCACAUCUGUGUGUUUUUCACUCUCCAGUGUACGUUUUUAAAAGUUAUGGGGGCAGAGGGGGGUGGUGGUGGAAGAGAGACUUGAUGGAUACUACUUACGUUGGGAGGAAACUCCAGUGGUUGCAGCAGCUAUGUGUAAAAAAAGAAAAAAGUAAGAAAAGUAAGGGUGCAAUCCUAUGCAUGUUUAGACAGAAAAGAAACUCCCUGGCUGGGAGUUGUCAGACUUCUUUUUUCUGUCUAAACAUAUAUAGGAUUGCACCUUAAGGUGAAACUUCAUGUGUUCAAGAAAGGAUUGUGUUCAAAAACUGAUUAUAUUAUUUCCUUCCAUGCUUAUUUUUCCUCUUAUCACCUUGUUUUAUAUUUUCAUAGCCACAUCAUUCUGGAUCUGCCAAACAUUUGUGACAAAAAUUGUUUGCCUUUGACACGGGCCAAGAUUGUAAGCUCUCUCUUGCAAUGCAAACGAGUUUAUUCUGUUGUGGCUUUAUGUUCUUUUAGAUAUGCUUUUGUUUCUGUUCUCUUAUUUGUAUAAAAUUGAUGAGCUAUACUGCAGUUCCUUAACAUUUUUUUUUAAUUUGAAAGGGAAUGUAUUUAAAAUAUCCUCCACUUUCCCUCUACAUGAAAACCUAUUGUUGUGUGUUUGUCUUGUUUUUUUACAACAUUCAACUCUAGCAUUUUUACUUAACGAUAUGAAAGUUUCCCUCAAAAAUACUUCAAUAAAAUGUGCUUUAACAAGUUA